AUGUCCGAGAAGCAGCCUUGCACUUACCGGCAAACGCGGUUUCACCGGUUCCACGGUUACAACCUGAGCCUUCACGAACAGGACACGGUGGCGCACCGGGAGAUGAGCUUCGCCAACGCCAUAGUGUUCAGCGAACAGUCGCUGUCGCCGGGCGAGGUGUUCCUCAUCGAGAUCGAGAGCAGCGAGAAUGGCUGGUCCGGACACAUACGGCUGGGCCUGACUCAGCUCGACCCGGACGCGCUGCAGCGCAGCGGUCAUCUGUUACCACAGUGCGCUAUACCGGACAUGGUAUCCAACAAGACGAUGGGUGAAUCGUGGAUAUGCGCCCUAACCAAACACCAGGCUUGGUACGACGCCAACUAUCUGACCAACUACUUCCGGCUGGACGGUAAUCACGUAUUCACAUCCCGGGGUACAUUCCCAACCAGCAUUCUGAAGUCGUCGGGCCACGAAAAAAUGGACAUCUUGCCAACGGACGUGGGCAGUCGGGUCGGGGUGUUGUAUUUACCCUGUGGCCAGAACAUGGCUGUUAUGCAUUUCAUUAUCAACGGUGAGUUUGUUGUUCCACUUUCAAGGACCAUACCGUAUAACGAUGGUCCUAUCAGAGCAGUCAUUGAUGUAUACGGUGCCACUAAACGAGUCCGUGUAAUACAAGUAUACAACGUUAAUUCGUUGCAGAGUGCUUGCAGGGAGACUAUUCUGAAGAAUAUCAAAGCAGCAUCCGUAUCAAAAUUACCAUUACCCAAUGCUCUUAAAGAGUAUCUCCUAUAUAAGACUUAA